ACUUCACGUCAGUUGCUGUUUUCACCAAGAACCAUUCAAAAACCGUCAACGAAAAAACACGUGUCGUUCUAUAUGAAAAACAAAUUUUUUUAAAAUGUUGCUCUAAAAAUCGAGUAGUGUUGAAGAAAUCAGUGAGAGUGUUGAUUUCAUUUCAUGCGAGUUUAACACUAACUCAAAAUGAGUACAAUUUUGGAAAAAAUUGCAGCGAUCGAGGCCGAGAUGGCCCGAACGCAAAAAAAUAAAGCCACCUCAGGCCAUUUGGGUUUAUUGAAAGCAAAAUUGGCAAAAUUAAGAAGAGAGCUUAUUACUCCAAAAGGCGGUGGUGGGGGUGGCGAGGCUGGUUUCGAAGUCGCCAAAACUGGGGAUGCUCGAAUCGGUUUUGUGGGUUUUCCAUCUGUUGGGAAAUCGACACUUUUAAGUACAUUGGCCGGGGUUUAUUCAGAAGUCGCGGCCUAUGAAUUUACAACACUCACGACAGUUCCUGGAUGCAUUAAAUAUAAAGGAGCAAAAAUCCAGUUGCUCGAUCUUCCCGGUAUCAUCGAAGGUGCAAAAGAUGGCAAAGGUAGAGGAAGACAAGUCAUUGCAGUAGCGAGAACUUGCAGUUUAAUUUUUAUCGUUCUAGACGUUCUUAAACCUUUGGGCCAUAAACGGCUCAUUGAACACGAGCUCGAGGGUUUUGGUCUUCGAUUAAAUAAACAACCACCAAAUAUCACCUUUAGAAAAAAGGAUAAAGGUGGAAUUAAUCUACAAACAAUGUGUCAACAAUCCGAACUCGAUCUAGACACUGUGAAAUCAAUUCUCUCUGAAUAUAAAAUUCACAAUGCGGAUAUUACAUUGAGAUACGAUGCAACUUCUGACGAUUUAAUUGAUAUUAUUGAAGGAAAUCGAGUUUAUGUCCCCUGCAUUUAUUUACUCAACAAAAUAGAUCAAAUUAGCAUUGAGGAACUAGACGUUAUUUACAAAAUACCGCAUUGCGUUCCAAUUUCCGCUCAUCAUAAAUGGAAUUUCGAUGAUUUGUUGGAAAAAAUGUGGGAUUAUUUGCAGCUUGUUAGAAUUUACACGAAACCUAAAGGACAGCUUCCAGAUUAUAGUUCUCCGGUCGUUUUGAAUACAGACAGAAGAACAGUCGAAGAUUUCUGCAAUAAACUCCAUCGAUCGAUCGCAAAGGAAUUUAAAUAUGCGCUCGUUUGGGGUUCAUCAGUGAAACAUCAACCGCAAAAAGUCGGAAAAGAUCACGUCCUAUGUGACGAAGACGUUGUACAAAUCGUCAAAAAAGUGUGAUUUUAUAUUGCUCAUUUUUCUGUAAAGUUUCAUUUACUUUACAGAAAAGAAAUGGAAUAUCGCCUCAUGAUUGCAAAUAAUAAUAAGUUAAAUUCUUUUAAAA